AUGACUAAUAAAACAAAAACAAAACUUACGUCGGAGGAAGAGAAAAGUGAGAGAGGUAGAGAGGAGGAUAGGAGGGAUGGCUCGCGGACUCGGAGCCCGCUUUUUCGAGCCCCGAGUGGCUUGGCAUCAGAGUCGGAUUCAGAAGGCUCCAGGACAUCAUCCAGGACUGGUGCUGCAAGUCGCGGUAGAUCGUCAGCCAGAGGUCGUAGCACUGGCAUUGCUAAAGCCAGAGCCGAAUUGAGAGAGGCCAAAGAGGAAGCGCGAGAGGUACAGUUCAACCAAUAUCUGAGGGAUCGCGUGUACCGCAAGGAGACGCCUGCGGUAGUAUCGGACCCCGAAGAGGUACCUCAGGUCCAUGUAGACGACCCAAGCAAACUCAGUGCUGACGAGUUGCGGGCCCUCGGCGACCACAAUGUGGCGAAUAUAAUCCAGGUCGCUACCAAGUCGGGGAACCUUAAAGGAACCUGGGUGAAGCGCCUGAAAGACGCGGCCAACAAGCUUCAAGAGGUUGUGGACACCCUGGCCGCCAGAACCGUUGCAGAGGAGACCCGCCGGCUGAGAACCGAUAACGAUCGCUUACGUAGUGAGGUUGAGACUCUCAAAAACGAGCUGAAGGCUCAUCGGCGGGAAUUCAGUGACAUGAGGGCCUCUAUGGCUGCCGCUGCAAAGGGCACUCCCGCGCCCAGUCUAAGCGGUGACCUUAUCGAGGAAUUGAAGGCCUCCAUUGUUUCCUCGGUGGGCCUCAUUUUAGACGCUCGGUUUGCGGGAAUUGAGGAGCGACUUCUGCCCGAAAGGGUGCAUCGCCCGCCGUUGUCAUCGGACCGGAAACGAUCAAGGGUGUCGGCAUCUCAGCCGGCCGCUUCCUCUGUGGCAGCCCCGAAUGAACCAGAAACCCGGGACACCAUGACUGACCCAUCUCCUGCUGGAACCACGGAGUCUGCUGCGGGUCCGAGCCACUCUCAGCCGACUGCCAAUGACUGGGCCACAGUUGUAAAGAGAAGGGGGAAGAGAAAGAAAGUCCCUGCCCCCGUAGCCUCGACAGCCACUCCCGCGGCUAAUUCUGCCAAGCCUGCUAAGCCAAGGCUGGCCUCCCCAAAGACCGCUGCGGUUGUUAUUACCUUGCAGCCGGAGGCAGCGGAGAGGGGUGUUACCUAUUCCCAAGUCUUGGAGCGGGCCGAGCAGAGUGUUGAUCUGCAGGAGUUUGGCAUUGCUGAGGGCAUGAGGAUAAGCCGAGCUGCAACUGGCGCCAGGUUGCUGGAACUUCCCAGAAACCAGACACAAGAGCAGGCCGAAUUGUUGGCAAGUAGACUUCGGACGGCUCUGGACGGUAUUGCAAGCGUCGUUCGUCCUUCCCAAUCCGCGACCCUUAGGGUUACCGGACUCGACGAUUCAGUCACGAAGGAAAAGGUGGCCUCCGCUGUGGCGCGAGUGGGGAAUUGCGCUGCUCAAUCAAUAAGAGUCGGGGAAGUACAGACUGGUCCCAGGGGGAUGGGAUGGGUAACCGUGCAUUGUCCCGUUGAGGCGGCCAAAGUGUUGUCUGAUGCCGGCAAACUCCGUGUUGGCUGGAGCUCCGCUGAGGUUCGCGUGCUCGAGCGACGCCCCCUGCGCUGCUACAAAUGUCUUGGUAUUGGGCAUACAAGGCCGGUCUGCCCUUCCACGGUGGACCGGGGGAAUCUGUGCUUCCGGUGCGGAUGUGACGGCCACAAAUCUCUGGCUUGCUCGAGAGAGAUACGUUGUGCGGUGUGCGCGGAUGCAGGGCUGCCUGCAAACCACAUAAUGGGAGGAAAGAACUGUAGUCCUCCCCACACAAAGGGUGGGCCAGUUCCAGGAAAUCAGACCACUGUCAACGCUGGACGUGACCAAACACAGGAGGGAUCUGAUAUGAUAUCAUGAACCAGUUGUCCCAUAUCAGCUUCCUCCAGUCGAAUCUGAACCACUGUGCAGCGGCUCAGGACCUUCUGCUGCAGUCCAUAGCAGAGUGGCAAAUAGAUGUGGCGGUGGCAUGCGAGCCCUACUACGUCCCUAACCAAUCUCAUUGGGUGGGAGAUUUAGACGGCUCGGUGGUGGUUGUGACCGGGAACAAUACCAGUACCCCACUCUCUGCGAUAGAAAGUGGCCCGGGUUAUGCGGUGGCAAAAUGGGGGGAAUUCGUCAUUAUAGGGACGUAUUUCUCGCCCAAUCGUAGCCUGGCUGAGUUUGAGGCCUACCUUGACUCAGUCAGAGCAGCUGUCCUCAGACAAACGGGUGGGCGCGUCAUCGUCCUCGGUGACCUUAACGCCAAGUCUCGGGCGUGGGGGAGUCCCUCCACCGACGAAAGAGGACGGGCUGUGCAGGUCUGGGCUCUCCUUUCAGGCCUAUCUCUACUCAA